GUGAUAGUGAUCCUUCUUUAUUUUUGCGAACUACUACACGAGGAUUAACUGUAAUCCUGAUCUAUGUUGAUGAUAUGGUGGUUAGUGGUGAUGACGAGUUGGGAAUCCAAGAGGUCACUCAGACUUUGCGGUCAGCCUUUAACUUGAAAAAGCUUGGCGAUCUCUCCUAUUUUUUGGGAUUAGAGAUCCAUCGUUCAACUGCAGGAAUUCAUGUUGGGUAGCGUAAAUAUGUCAUCGAUUUGCUUGAGGAGGCGCAGAUGGAUGAGUGUGUUCCAUGUGCUACUCCGAUGGAACAAAAUCUCAAGCUUCGACAGGCAGAUGGUGAUCUAUUUGCUAAUGGUAAACUGUAUCACAGUAUCGUCAGCAGCUUGAUUUACCUGACCCACACCCGACAUGAUAUUUCUUAUGUUGUCCAGAUAGUGAGUCAAUUGAUGUCUUCUCCGAGAACAACACACUGGUCUGUUGUACAACGUAUUUUGCGAUAUCUUCAUGGGAGUCCGGAAGUCGUAUUAUGGAUUCCUGCAGGGGGCGAACCAAUGUUGAAAGCAUAUGCAGAUGCUGAUUAUACUGGUUGCUUGGAUGCACGCCGAUCGACUUCAGGGUGGUGUGUUAAAGUCGGCAGUUCUUUUAUUUCCUGGCGGUGUAAGAAACAGGAUCAGGUGUCUAAGUCGUCUACAGAGGUUGAGUAUCGCUCUAUGAGUGAUGUGGCAUCAGGUGUCUAAGUCGUCAGUUACUCAUUGAGCUAAGGGGUGUCAUUCAAUCUCCGUUUUCGGUUGUAUGUUGACAACACCAGUGCGAUUCAUAUAGCCACAAAUCCGGUGUUCCAUGACCGGACCAAACAUAUUGAAGUCCAUAUUCAUUACAUUCGACAACUUGUGAUUGAAGGUUCGGUGGAGUUAGCGUAUAUCACUUAUGAAGAUCAGACGGUUGAUCUGCUGACAAAGGCAGUGUCCUCUUCACGUCAUUGGUUUCUAGCAUACAAAUUAAUGUUGCGUAAGCAUCAUCAAUUUGAGGGAGGAUGUUAGAAGUUAGAGGACUAUUUUGUAAUUAAACUCUUUAGGGUUAGUGUAGAUUGGCCAAGUAUAUAUUGUUGAGAAGACCAUCUUAUUCUGUAACACAUACGUACGUAAUAAGAACUAUGAACUGCCUUGUGCCGAGUAUAUAUGAGGAAAUUAAUUUUUUUUUAUGAUUAUAAGGGCACAAAAUUUUACUAGAGAUAAUCUAAUAACUAAUCUAUAUUUUAUGCUAUGCUCUAUUUAAAAUUAAUGAGAGAACCAUGAAUAAAAAUCAAUCAAGUAUUUCAAUGUGCAACUAUUUUUCGAUAAUUUCAUGUUUGGAAAACGAAUGUACAUCGUCACAAAAUGUUCGCUCCUUCAUUUGCCAAUAAUUUGCGAGUUGAACUUGUUUAGUACGCCUGCACAACACACAAUUUGGUUCCUCUUAAAUUAUAGUUUGAAUAAAAAAUUAAUUGUAUGACCAAAAGAAUAAUUAAACAUACAAAUUUAAAAGUUAAAGCGGUUGGUGAACUAGUUUGAAAUUACAUAAAGUCAUAAAUGUGAAAGUUAGAUAAGGUUAUUGAAUCUUUAAACAAACAAAUUUAAGACUUGGAAAAGGAUAAUUUAACUAUGAAGUAUUAAGAUUUUGCAUUUCAUUACACUCGAACCUGGGUUUGUAGCACAGAAAUGUGAAAAUUCUCCGCUGGACUAUACUCUGCUUUUGUAUUAGUUUAUACUGAGUUUUUCUAAAUUUUAAAAAAAAUUUAUACUUAACUUCAAAAUUCUCGGGGGGUCGUGGCCCCUGAUUGGGCACCUAGAUCCGCCCCUGAUACCGGCCCUAUAUUAAGGUCGGAUUAGAUAGGGUAAUACCCGUGUUGGUUCGGAGCGAAGCGGGGUGCGUACACGCAUUCUUGUAUGUUAUUUGAAAAAAAAAGAAUGUCGAUGUUUUACUCUUUGACAAUAAGACAUAGAGAAAAUACUUUAUAAAUGAUGAGCGAUAUAUAGGGGAAAGAAUAAUUGCAACUAAAUAGUUCAAGAUACAAUCUUAAAACUUCUUUCUAAUGUAUUAUUUUAGAAAUGUCAAAAGUGGAGAAAUACAUGUACAUAUUGAUACAAAUCAUGAUAGAACAGGUCAAGAAUAGAGCGGGACGAGGCAAGAAUAGUUCAAGGUACAAUUUUAAAACUUCUUUUUAAUGUAUUAUUUUAGAAAUGUCAAAAGUGGAGAAAUACAUGUACAUAUUAAUAAAAAUCAUGAUAGAACGGGUCAAGGAAGAGGCAAGUUAGAAAAAAUACUCAUGUCCCGCCCCAUUCUACUACGAGCCGGGUAAUAUCUGCCCUAAACAUGUUGGAAAAGGUCGAGUCGCACAAAUCAAGUAAGAAACAUCACUAUUUAUUAGCAGUUUAGAUUUCAAUACAAACACAUUCAUAUAUGCACAUUUACAUAACCAGGUCUAAUAGUUGUAAUUUAAAAAAAUCUAAUGACUCGCAUCAUAUAUGAGUAAGGGGGUAAAUAAGAGAUUUUUGGGACAAUUACCUGAUUUUUUUAGGGCAUUUGGACAGUAUUUUUGGGGUUGGCACAAAUUUACAGGCAUGCUGCUAAAGCACAUUUCAUAUCCCUUUUGAAAAUAUUCGUUUUAACUUGAAUUUAUAAAAAAAAUUGUAAACAUUAUAUUCAUUCUUUGGAGAAAUUUUUUUUACGUCAUCUUACCGUCACUAUUAUUAGUGGUAAGAUCAUAGUAUGACAAUGAUGAAUGAUAUUAUUAAGUCUUAUCAUAGCAGUAUGAUGUUAGUAUGAUGGUUGGUCUCUAGUUAAAUGCUUUCACUGGGCUACUUUUCUUAUGUCGUUCAAUACCUGAACUAAUAGUAAGUAGGUUAACUUGUUGAGUACCAGAUCGAUCGGACAUGUAAUUAGUCUUCUUCGCUCGAGGAGCAAAGAUGGUUGCUCUAUAACCAAUCCUAGUUGCUGGUCUUUUGCUACUAAGAAGGGCAUAAAAACUGUACAAGAAUGCCGGAAGUCCUUUGAAAAAAUUGAAUUAGUUAAAACAUCUUCUAUAAUAUAAAUUUAUGGAUUUACAUACCUAGAUCUAGAUAAGAAAUAUUGUCCCCUGCCCAUUUUUGUAAGGGAUUCCAGCAUGGUGCAGCUAGCGGUUUAGCUGGAAUUCCGAUUUCCAAAAAUAAAAAUAAAAAAGUUGGACCUCUCGCGUCGAAAUUCAACGACACACGCACCAAACAAAUAAAUAAUAACCUUUCAAAUUCAAUUACCACCUAGAUAGCCUGAGCUGUAAACUUGUUGUACGCCUCUCUGUUGUUUGGCUUUGUUGCUUGCUUCCAACCUACGUUGAGCUACAGAAUUUAUCGUCCCUAUUGCUUCAUCAGUUAUAUAUAUGCAUUGCAAUAAUUCUACGGAAUCUAGAAGAUAGCUGGUUAUAACUAGGGCUGCAAAUGAACAAAGCUGCUCGCGAGCCGCUCGGCGUUCGGAUCGAAAAAAACUCGUUCAACACUCGACUCGUUAUUUAACAAGCCAGCUCGUGAGCUAGCUUGUUAGCAAACAAGCCAAGCUUGAGCUACACUAUGCUCGGCUUGCCAGACUCGCGAGCUAACUUGACUCGUUGGCUCGUAGUACUCAGCUCGCGAGCUGGCUCGUUUAAAGCUCGUAGCUAACUCGACUAUAAUACUCGUUAAAUUGAGCUUCCUAAUUGACUUGUUCGAAUCUCAUAAGUUGACUCGACUACUUAACACAUAGAGCUCUAUGUGCAAUUUAACUUGAUUGUUGCUCUUUAGCAUCCAACUUAGCCUCCAAAUCAACAUCAUCCACAUGUCAACAUUAAAAAUUUGUUUCUCCUAAUCGUGACACCUUUAAAUUAAGACUAUUUUGAUAG